AUGGUGAGAACCAGAGGCAGUGGGUCUCGGUCUGUCAAGUCAGUGGCUGGUUCGAUGAGUGCAUCUCCAUCCCUCACCAAGAAGAAAGCUCGGAAGAGUACCUUGUCUCUUCCCAUCCACAUUGAUGAUCCCAUUACCACGAGCAAAGUCGUGGUCAUUCCGGACCUUGAAGCCCCCAAAGCUCCGACUGAACCUCCUUCUUCGGCGGCUCCGCUCGCCUCUGUACCAGGGUCUUCCAAAAGAGGCCGAGCUUCUCCAUCAGAGGAUGUCUCUGAUCAUGGUCGUGAUUCUGCCAAAGCCCAUUCUGAUUCCUCAGAGUCACCUGACGUGCUUGCACCCAAGAAGAAAAGCAAGGGUUGGUUCCAGGUCUCUUCUUCUCGAAAAUCUCCUCGUUCCAAAGGGACUGAUCCUUCUGAUUCUACGCCGAAGGUUUCAUCUCCUGUUGGUACCACUCCUCGUUCCAAGUUUAGGUCAAAGGUAAAGAAAAUUCCUCCACCUUGUUCUUCUUCUGAAACUGACCCUUCUUCAGAUUGUGUGCCCUCUGACGAAGAUCCCCUUGAAGACGACCCCUCUCUUGAGGACAAUGUUGACUCAGAAGAUGAAUCUGACCCAUCAGAGGACCCCCCUGUUUCACCAAAGGGCAAGAAACCAAUGAAAAUUCCUGAGAUUCGCACAAAGUCUCCUUUGGGUCCCAAAGUAUCUCCAGGUUCUUCCUUUAAGGCCCACUCUCUGAAUUUUUGUUUCAAUGACAAUGAGAAAAAUAUGAAGCAUUAUGUGCAUCGUGAUUUUAUCCGUGAGAAAAAUUUUUCAUUCUCGGCUCAUAGGGUCUUUGGGGUCAUCAAAAAUAUUGAGGAUCGAGGGUGGUUAGGUUCUUUAACCGGGCUGGAUGGUUUUGUUCCUAGAGUUGUACAAGAAUUCUAUGCCAAUAUCAAUGAUGAUAUGUUUGAUAGGAAGUAUUUUAUGUUUGGUCAAGUUUAUGUCCGAGGGAAUUGGUAUUUGUUCAAUGCUGCUGAAAUUACCAAGGUUCUUAAUUUGCCUCUUUCUGUUGAUAAUGUUGCUGUGGAGUUUAACAAAGAUAAGGUGCUUUCGGAGUUGGUAGGACAAAAUAUGGUGUGGGAACCUCACUCAGUCCUCAAAGUAACAGAUCUUACUCAUUACUAUGCUGUGCUUCACAAAUUUUCCACCUCCAACUGGAUUCCCACUACUCAUACCUCCACCAUUACCUUUGACACGACCUUCUUUCUGUACAAAGUUGGAACUGGUCUCGGUGUUGAUCUUGCCUCUCUCAUUUUUGACCAGAUCACUGCCUUAGGGAAUGCCAAAAAGAAAGGUCAAUAUUUGGUGUUUCCCCAUUUGAUUUACAAGUUGCUUGAUUCUCAAAAGCCUCUUCGCUUGGAAUAUGAGAUCUUGACUCCUCCUAGUGCCGGAGCAGACUACAAACUCAAAAAGGAACCAUCAUCUGUUAAAGCAACUAAAGGGAUUGCUCUCAAGGCUGGCGAUGCUGAUUCUGUUGCUGCUGAACUCGCUGGUGUCAAGGCCACCCUGGAAUCUGUUCAAACAGAAGUGAUCAGGCUCAAGAGUUCUCUCUCAACCAUGGUGUCUCACUUUGCAGCCGGUCCUUCCCACUGA